GAAUGAAAUACGAUCAAUUUAUAUCCUUGUAUUAUGUAAUAAGCAUACAAGGUCACGUUGCAAAUGCGUGGUCGUCAGUAAGAGAUGCUCUGUUUAAAGUUCUCUCUUUAGUUGUGACAGUGGUUAAUUGACAAAGAGUGUACUUUGUAUGAAUAGUAGAGUCAUUUCAGUUUGAAAAGGCAUAUCUGUAGGUUGUUGUAAAAUGACAGCAAAACAUAUAUUAUCAUUAUCAAACGCAGAAUUUAAAAAUUUCAUAGAUUCCAUUGAUGUAAUUUUAUCAGAUUGUGAUGGCGUAUUAUGGAAAGAAACCGAGGUAAUAAAAAAUUCACCAGAAACUGUAAAUAAGUUCAAGGAAUUAGGUAAAAAAUUUUUUUAUAUAACGAAUAAUAAUACUAAAACAAGAUCAGAAUUUCUCGAAAAAUGUAAAAAUCUUAAGUAUGAUGCAACUGUGGAUGAAAUAGUAUGUACUUCAUUUUUGUCUGCUGUGUAUCUCAAAGAAAAAAAAUUUGAUAAAAAAGUAUAUAUAGUUGGAAAUGCUGGUAUUGCUAAGGAACUGGAAACUGAAGGUAUCAAAUAUUGUGGUGUUGGACCAGAUAUAAUGGAAGAAGAUGAAGUAGAAAUGAUAAAAAAUUUUAAGCCAGAUCCAGAAGUUGGAGCAGUUAUUGUAGGCUUUGACAAACACUUUAGUUUUCCUAAGCUUUUAAAAGCUGCUACUUAUUUACAAGAUCCAAGUGUUUAUUUUAUAGGGACAAAUUGUGAUACGGAAAGACCUUCACCAAAUACUAAUAAAUUCCCAGGAACUGGAUGCUUUAUAAAAAUUAUAGAAGUAGCAUCUAAUAGAUCAGCAGUGAUGCUGGGGAAACCAGAAUCUUUUUUAAGUGAAUAUAUUAUAAAGAAAUAUGGUUUAAAUCCCCAAAGAACGCUUAUGAUUGGUGACAAUUGUGAUACCGAUAUUCUUCUUGGAAAGCGUUGUGGAUUCCAAACUCUUCUUGUAUUAACGGGUAUUACAACACAAAAUGAUAUAGAUAUCAUGAAUGCUUCUACUACAAAUUCCAAAGAUUUGAUAAUUCCAGAUUAUUAUGCAAACGAGUUAGGUGAUGUACUAAAAAUGAUUACAUCAUCUUGAUGAUUUCAUUAAUAGAAAAUAAGACAGCUCUAGCACAAUUCAAUAAUGUUUGCAUAUCGUGAUUAUCUCACUUUUAUUUAUAUUUUUCUGUUUUUCUAAUUAUUUGCGAUAUUAAUAAUAGAUGCGAAAUAUUUAAAUGUUGGUGAUAAAUAUUGUAAAUUCUAUUAUGCAUAUUUCUCCUGUUCAAUUAUAUGAUUCAUUAUAUAAAAUUAUAAAAAAUUAUAUAAAAAUUAUAUAAUUGCAUAUAGAAAUUUGCAUAUAAGAAUAUUGUGUUACACAUAUACAUAUAAUGUUAUAUUUAAUAACACGUUCAAUGUUAAAAUAGUAUAUAAUAGAAUAUAAUGUAUGUUAAAAUAGUAUAUAAUAGUAUAAUAUAUAAUAUUGAUAAUUAAUAGUUUAAUUCAAAUAUAAGAUGACAGUACAAAUAUAAAAAAGGUUUUACUGUUAUUUUUGGGGAUAUUUUAUUACUAUUACUUUUUAUUUUUAUUAAAGUUCUUGGAAGAAACUGAAGAUUUGCCAAAGAAUAAUAUAUGA